AUGGCUAACUCCAUAAUAAAACAUCUCCUUCCACUCUUCUUCAUCCAAUUCCUCAUUCCCACUUCAUUAUCAUCUUCCCAAUCAUUCAAACCCAAAGCCCUCCUAAUCCCAGUAACCAAAGACCCUUCAACACUCCAAUACCUAACACAAAUCCACCAACGAACCCCACUCAUCACCAUCAACCUAGUUAUCGAUCUCGGAGGCCAAUUCCUCUGGCUCACCUGCGACCACAACUACACCUCCUCCACCUACAAGCCCGCACGCUGCCACUCUUCCCAGUGCUCCCUCGCCGGCGCCACCGCAUGCGGCAACUGCUUCUCCCCUCCCUCCCCAGGCUGCAACAACAACACAUGCUCCCUCACACCCGACAACCCCAUCACCCACACCUCAACCUCCGGUGAACUCUCCCAAGACCUCAUCUCCCUCCAAUCCACCAACGGCUUCAACCCCACCCAAAACGUCACCGUUUCGGGCUUCCUCUUCUCAUGCGCACCCUCCUUCUUACUAAAAGGCCUCGCCGCCGGUGUCUCCGGCAUGGCGGGUCUCGGCAGAACCAAAAUCGCGUUCCCCUCGCAACUCGCUUCCGCUUUCAGCUUCCAUAAAAUAUUCGCCGUUUGCCUCGCUUCUAACGGAUCAAACGGCGUCGUUUUCUUCGGCGAUGGUCCUUACGUUUUCCUCCCCAACGUCGAUGCUUCUAAAUCCCUCACUUUCACUCCUCUGUUCACCAACCGCGUCAGCACCGCCUCGGCUGAGUAUUUCAUCGGCGUUAAAUCUAUUAAGAUCGACAAUAAAACGGUGCCGUUGAACGCCUCUUUGUUGAGCAUAGACAAAAACGGCGUCGGUGGAACAAAGAUAAGCACGGUGAACCCUUACUCGGUUUUGGAGGAGAGCAUUUUUAAAUCGGUGGUGAAGGGUUUUGUGGAAGCUUGUGGCGCAAGGAACAUCACGAGGGUGGGUUCUGUGACGCCGUUUGAAGCGUGCUUUAGUAAGAAGAACGUGUUGAGUACAAGGUUGGGGUGGGGCGUGCCAACUAUUGAGUUUGUUUUGCAGAAUGAGAGUGUGGUUUGGAGUGUCUUUGGAGCGAACUCGGUUGUUGAUGUGAGUAAUGAAGUGAUAUGUUUGGGGUUUGUGAAUGGAGGAAAGCACCCUAUGACUUCUAUCGUCAUUGGAGGGUAUCAAUUGGAGAACAAUUUUUUGCAGUUUGAUUUGGAAGCUUCAAGAUUGGGCUUUAGUUCUUUGCUGUUUGGGAGACAAACCACUUGUGCAAACUUCAACUUCACCUCCACCGUUUAG